AUGCGUGACUUCGAGCACCUUCCCCAGGAGCUGCAGGUUAGACCUAAGUGCCUCAUCGUUCUGACGGGUCUUGAUGUGGACUCUAAUCCCUUUCACGCGUCAGUGUGGAAAGGGUUUUCUCAAAAUCGGCGCAGUGAUCGUGCCCCCCUAAAGUUUAAAAACCUUCCGCUUGAUCACGCAUAUCCAAAAACCCAACCAAAGUACUCUUCACAGUAUGAAUGGUACUUGCCGAAAGGCCUGUUAAAACGAAAUUGGAUGAAGAAGCAUCUCGACGAAUUGCCGGCAGUGGUGGUUGUCUUUUUUGAUCUUGAAUGGAAUGAAAAAGAUUGGCAUGAAAAAGUGAAGGAAUGUGUCGGACGUGUUAACAUCGUGCGAUCCAACCUUAUUUCACGACCCACUAAAGUCGUUGUGGUUUUACUGCAAAGUAAAGCACCAAAUCAGAGCGGCGAUGAAGUUAGUUCAACAGAACGUGCUCAAGAAUUGUGCAACCAGUGUCAGCUAAAUGUGAAAAACUUAUUUGUUUUACAACAAUCGGACUUUAUGUUUGGAUGCAUCACGCGUUUGGAAACUGAACUUCAUGACAUGGCUUCAAACUACUACCACAAUGCCGCUAAACGGGUGAAAGCUCAUAAAUCUAGCCUCAACAAGUCCACCCACCAGCUUCUCUUUGUUCGCCAUGACUUUAAAAUUGCGUUUUUCGACGAAUUGAAACAGGAUUCUAACCUUGCUCUCAAACAUUAUCGACAGGCAUAUAAUCAUUUGUUAGAGAUGAAAAUGACAGACGCAGAUCUGCUUGAAUUCAAGGUGGUCGCUGGGUUCAUCAACUUUAAGAUCUGCAGGAUUUUCUUUCAAUUGCAUGCUCCGGAAGCAAUCGCCCAAUUUCGACGCCACAUAGAUUUCUUUAAAUCAGUUGUGGGGAUGCCAGAAUUGGCCUUCGAGCACGAAGCUUGGCUUUCAAUGCAGUACGAGAUUUUCGGGGAACUAUUCGACGAGGCAACUCGACUUAGCGUGCAUCCCCUCCUCACACAACACCCGGGACUUUAUUUCCAUGAGGCUGGCCGUCACAUGUUAAUGCGACGCUCAAUAGCCAAUCAACUUGGUGUUGAUAAAGCCGUUGAUGGUGGUACACACAGUAGCCCCCGUCUCAGUCCGUCCAAGUGCAAAGUGGGGGUUAGGGAUGUUGUCGGUGGGGCCGUUCGAGUAUACAAAGACUCUGAGCACCUUCCAGGAGAUGCGAAUUCUGCGGUGGUCGAUCCUUCGAUGGAAUAUUUUGGUCAGCACUCCUGGCAAAACCCUGGACAAAUUGUAGGGACUACCGACCGAACCAAAGAACGAGAGGGAAUUAUGACUCUUCAAGCGACUGAAGCGAAAAUUGACUAUUCGGCAAGUCUUCUUCUCAAGCUUCAGACCUAUAAUUCCAACCUAAAUCCACUUCGUGUGGUAGCAAAUAAUCGAAUUCAUUACUUCUGUCGUGGAGAAAGCGACAGACUUUGUGCUUCAUUUGGGCUUUAUGCACACACACGAAUCCAUAUUGGAAAAAAUGUGAACGCCUCCAUUACUGCAAAAUUGUGGACGAGUUUCGCCAUUUCGGAUGGAAGUUGGUCUUCACUUCCAUCUGCCAUCGUAUUUUACAGUAACAUAUGUGAGUGCUGGUCCCCACGGCAUUUCGGUCCGCCGCUGAUUGGUAGUCCUGCAAUUCGAAUUGAGUACGGUGUGGACUUUAUACAAACGAAUGAUUUUCAAGAUAUUGGACCUGUUAAUACUGCCGUUGGCCACUGUGUUCAGGAAUUCGAAUCAACUUCACCCGAAAUCAUCGACCUUUCACAACUGAAGAGCUGUGUUGAGGUGAAGGCGGAAUUCGCGAAGCCAUCCUUCUCUAUCGAUGAACCAGUGAGGCUCGUUGUCUUCCUAAAAUCAUUUGCUCCUUUACCUCUACCAAUCGAUUCCUUAUUGGUGAAGCUAAACUCUGAAGCGUUACACGGACAAGUGAAUCAACUGGAUGGAUUUCUUCGUGAUGCUUCCACCGCUGCCUCCUCUCCCAUCAUUUGUUACUAUUGCCGACCACUCAUCUUGAUGCCUAGCGACCUUAAAGUCAUCGUGUUCACUAUUGACCCUGCCAAACUGGCCUCGGGUUUACAGGUGGUAGCCAUUGAGGCUAGUUUUACUUAUCUCGGCGAUUGCAGCCGACCUUAUUGCUUCCGGUGGUUGCCUUCCACGUAUGACUGGCUGCCGCUUCCUACUCCAGUUUCUUGCAAUUAUACGAAUCGCUUAGAUGAACUCAAGCGUGCUCUCGUAUCCUGCGAUUGUAACGUCACCUUUAAUUGUGCCGUUUUUCCUCGCUGGGAAUUCUUUCGAAACCGAUUAACCGUUGAAAUUUCGCCCAAGGCGUCGAAGUUGGAGAUGAGUCUUCGCCACAUGCCUCCACCCUUGUGCAGCGAAAAAUACGUAAUCUUAUGUCAGGUACAGAACACAGAGUCAAGUGACUUGACCAAUUUAACCAUAUCCGCUAAUUUGGCUGACGACGCGACUACUAGUGGCCACGUCGACAUGACCUCAACUGCCACUGACGCUUCUCAAUGUACUGGAGUUGUCCACGUGGGCCAAUCCGCCAGCCAGUCUGCUCCAUCCUGUGCCGAUGGCCUCUACUCACAGGCUUUUGUCUCUAGCUGCCUUGCACCCGGCGCUGAUCUUGUGUGUCCAAUCUUCGUGCAUUGCCCCACGGUUGCUGGUGACCGAAGUUUACGUGUUGAUGCGCAGUACAGCAUCGUUGCACAACUUCCUGCACCCGGUGCAAAGGUCUUAUCACUGAACAACAAUGGCAAAGUCGAAAUUGUCGAAAGUGAAACACCACAUGUUUCAGGUUCAGAACUGACUUUAACUCGGUGUUUUCAAUCAAAACGUGUGCAAUUGUCCGCCAUACCGCCUUUGGAGAUUAAUGCACGCAUUCUAUCAUUAAUGCAUGCUCCAGUGGUUUCUGUGGUUGUUGGAAGACCGUUUAUACUUGAAGUAGCCCUUACUAAUUGUUCACCUUGGGCCAUCGAGAUUGAGAAGUCCACCUUCAACUUUGUGAGUCAGCCUGAUAUACCUCUUAACCCCUAUGAAACCUGUACGGAGGUCCAAGUUCUUAUCUUAUCGGAGAAUGGAACGUACACUGAAAUCCUCAACUUGGGUCAAUAUAGCGUCAACUGGAAAAGACUGCGGCCCCAGGUGGGUCAAGACCCAAGUUUCCCCAAAGCCACGAUCUCCACUGUCACUUUCGACUUGCCGUCGUGUGCCCUCGCAACCCUCCCCUUCAGCAUCAAUCUCAGCCUCCCGCCUUUCGGUCUUCUUCAUUCUCCGUUUACCGUCACAUAUGCACUUGAGAAUAAAACUCCUUUCCCACAGGAACUCCACUUUGCGUUGGAACCGACAGAAGGUUUUGUAUUUUGUGGCGUACAGCUGACAUCCCUUCACCUUUUACCGAAUUCUUCCAAGAAUCUCGAUUUUACCCUUCUCCCUCUUUGUCUGGGUUACAUACAACUACCUAGGUGCAAGGUAUGGUCAGGUUCUAAGACGCAACCGGAUGUGGACGCUUUGACAACGGAGUCUCCUGCAACUCUCAAAAACUCGGACCCAGUGUUGUCCUCAAAAACACAGAUGCUGCACCAGUUGCAAUCCCAUAUCUUCAUAAUGGUUAGUCUACUCCCUAUAGGUACAGAUGAGUACGGCGUUUUCAACGUCACAAGUAGUUUCAUCGUCCAAUAG